AUGUCCGCUGAAUCAAUAGCAAAAGCUGCAAACGCAGCAUUUUCUUCCUUGAAAACAUUAACCAACGAGCAAAGAUCAUCUGCUUUGCAAAAAAUCCAUGAUGCUUUGUUGAAGAAUAAAGACAAAGUUCUUGAAUCAAAUAAAAUUGAUAUGGAUAAUGCCAAAUCGAAUAAGUUAUCUUCAUCAUUAAUCAAGAGAUUGGAUUUGUCCAACCCAGGUAAAUAUGAUUCCAUGUUACAAGGUAUCUUAGAUGUGGCUAAUUUACCAGAUCCAAUGGGUAAGAUCACCUUGGCAAAGAAAUUGGAUGAUGGCUUGAAUUUAUACAGAGUCACCGCGCCAAUUGGUGUUUUAUUGAUUAUAUUUGAAAGUAGACCAGAAGUUAUUGCAAACAUUACUGCAUUGGCUAUUAAAUCAGGAAACUCGGCUAUAUUGAAGGGAGGUAAAGAGUCUUACCAAACUUUCAAAGUUAUGAGUGACAUUGUUAAUGAAACCUUAAAGGAUGAAACCGAUGUUCCAGGUGAUGCCAUUCAAUUGAUACAAAGCAGAGAAGAUGUAGCUGGUUUGUUAGACCAAGAUAAAUACAUCGAUUUGGUCAUUCCAAGAGGUUCUAACGAAUUGGUCCGUAAUAUCAAGUCCAACACAAAGAUUCCUGUUUUGGGACAUGCCGAUGGUAUCUGUUCCAUUUAUGUUGAUCAAGAAUUUGAUAUGAACAAAGCUAAAAGAAUUAUUGUCGAUUCGAAGACCAACUACCCAGCUGGAUGUAAUGCCGUUGAACAAUUGUUACUCAAUUCCAAAAUUCCAGAAAAUGACAUUAAAGAAUUAUUAAACAUAUUAAUUGCUGCAAAAGUAACUGUUCAUGUUACACCAGAGAUCAAAAAAUUAUUAGAACCAAGUGAAUUCGUCAAAGAUGUUGAAGAUGAUUCAUUUGACAAGGAAUAUCUUAGUUUCGAUAUUUCUGUCAAAUUGGUUGACGAUGUCGAUGCUGCUAUUAAACACAUCAAUGAACAUUCUUCCAAACAUACAGAAAGUAUAAUCACCGAGAACAAAGAAAAUGCCGAAAAGUUCUUAAAGAGUAUUGAUUCUUCAGGUAUUUACUGGAAUGCGUCUACCAGAUUUGCAGAUGGUUUCAGAUAUGGUUUUGGUACCGAGGUUGGUAUAAGUACAAAUAAGAUACAUGCUAGAGGACCAGUUGGUUUAGAAGGGUUGAUGAGUUACCAAUAUCAAUUAAGAGGUGAUGGACAUAUUGUAGGCGAAUACGUUGGUGGUGGUGGUAACAAACUAUUUAUUCAUGAGGAUUUACCUACUGAUAAAAUCAUCUAA